AGUCCUUUGACGCACUCAGUGUUUUGGUGUUUAUUUUUAUUGUUUGUAUCUAUCCUUGGGAGAGCACGAACAGAAGAUAGAUGUGCUGUAUCCAGUCUAGCUGAUCUGAUACGCUGAUCAAAGGGUCAAAGGGAAAUUUUGCUAGUGGAGGGGUAAGGGAGGGUGGAGAAGACGACCUUGAUUUCCACCAAUCACGGUGCAUUUGUCUGAGAUGUUUGCACAGGGUGCCUGUGCUUCUCCGCUCAAUUAAUUGAAGAGAGACUUCUUUUAUUUUCUUGAAGAGGUGGAAACCAAUGGUGGGAUAGCUAGCGGUCCUGGGUCGACCUAGAAAUUUACAAGGACUGGCUGCAGUGUUAGUUCUCUUUCUUUCUUUGCUUGGAAGCCUCAGCAACAACAGCAGCAGCAGCGGCGGCCGCAGCCACAGGAAGAACCGAGAGGAGACGAAAGACGAAAGGCAAAGGAGCUUUUUUUUUUUUUUAUUUGGCAGGGGGAAAGAGGCGGGGGAGAACCCAAGGAAGCAAGUAACUGAGGAAAAGAACCUUUUGCCUGUACCAAAACCGAGAACGAUCGUAAUGCAGCACAGUCAACUGGGAAGACCCGCGGUCCCUGGAUCUCCUGACUUCUGGAGAGAGACGGGAGCCCCUUUCUUCUCCAGGGGAAGCUACAAUGGCCAUAGCUGAUGGCUUGCUCUUCUGCCGCUUUCGCUAAAGGGAGGGAAAUAAUUUAUUUGAAAGUUGCAAAAUAAAAAGCCUUUGUACCACCAUUGGAACAGCAGCGGCAGAAGACGCGAUUUUGUGGUGUGUGUCCGUGAAAGAAGGAGGAGGGGAGAGGGAGAGCGGGAGAGAGAGCGAGAGAGCAAGAGAGAGAGAGAGCGAGAGAGCGAGCGAGAAAGAGAGAGAGAGAGAGAGAGAGAGAGAGAGAGAGAGAGAGAGAGAGAGAGAGAGAGAGAGAGAGAGAGAGAGAGAGAGAGAGAGGAGUUGUAUUGCAUGGGAACGCUUUGAAUUUCGGAUUUCAGUUCAAGCUCUGCGCUGCAGCUCAGACCACUGCAACACCAUGAUUGCGCUAAGCAUAAGCGACAGCAGCCGGGCCCGGAGACAGACUUGGAGAGGGACUAUGGCAGUAUUGGCGUGUAAAUGUCCCCGGACCCGGCUGCCAAUGGGAGCUAGUGCCUUGGGCGUCUUUGUUCUCUGCUGGCUCUACGUCUUCCCAGUGUAUCGGCUGCCCAACGAGAAGGAGAUUGUGAACGGGGUACUGCAGCAGGGCAAGGCAUGGAGGAGAAACCAGACUGCAGCUAGAGACUUCAGGAAAGAAAUGGAACAAUGCUGUGAUCCAGCCAAUCUCUUUGCUAUGACUAAACAAAAUUCCCCUAUGGGGAAGAGCAUGUGGUAUGAUGGGGAAUUAUUGUACUCUUUCACCAUUGACAAUUCAACUUACUCCCUCCUCCCCCAGGCUACUCCAUUCCAGCUACCACUGAAGAAGUGUUCAGUGGUGGGAAAUGGUGGGAUUCUGAAGAAGAGUGUCUGUGGCCGACAAAUAGAUGAAGCAAAUUUUGUCAUGCGAUGCAAUCUUCCUCCUUUGUCCAGUGAAUACAAUAAAGAUGUUGGAUUCAAAACCCAUUUGGUGACAGCUAACCCCAGCAUAAUUCGGAAAAGAUUCCAGAACUUGCUUUGGUCCCGAAAGACAUUUGUGGAUGACAUGAAAGUAUAUAACCACAGCUACAUCUACAUGCCUGCCUUUUCUAUGAAAACGGGGACAGAGCCAUCUCUCCGGGUUUAUUAUACAUUGGCAGAUGUGGGUGCCAACCAAACAGUACUAUUUGCCAAUCCCAAUUUUCUUCGUAGCAUUGGCAAAUUCUGGAAAAGUAGAGGAAUUCAUGCCAAACGCUUAUCUACAGGUCUCUUUCUUGUCAGUGCCGCCCUGGGCUUGUGUGAAGAAGUUACCAUCUAUGGCUUCUGGCCUUUCUCUAUGGAUCUGCGUGAGCAAUCUAUUAGUCAUCACUACUAUGACAAUGAGUUACCCUAUUCAGGCUUCCAUGCUAUGCCAGAGGAAUUCCUUCAGCUUUGGUAUCUUCAUAAAAUUGGUGUGCUAAAAAUGCAGCUAGAACCAUGUGAAGACCUCUCAUUCCAACCCACUUCCUAAGGACAGAGGCUGAGGAAGUGAAUGGGCCAGUACAAUGUUUUUAGUGCUUGUGUGUGAAUAUGCAGAAAGGAAAACAUUCAGACUUAUUUAUGGAUUUGCAUAGAUCAUUUAAGAAAAAAGAAACAACAAAAUUCUGUGGUUUAAGCAUUUAUUUGGAGGCUUACCAAGAGAUCAGUACUUCUGCAAAAUAUUUUGUAGUUUGCUGUGGAUUUUUGGCCAGUAAAACUCUGGAAGUAAGUUCUUGGGAAAGAAACAAAACAUCACUUGGUAUGUUCAAGUUCAGAUGGUGUCAUUCAACGAAGACCUUGUUGAUUUAGAAUGAGGAACAACCAAUAAAGAAAAUUGGGGAAAUGGGAAGAGGAAAUUUCAGUGAUGAUUGGCCAAUAACACUGACUGUAUAGAAAUUCAUCUGACUCAAAACUGGUAUAUAGAAUGGUAGUUUUUACAAGCAUUAUUUAUUUUUGUCAUCUGGGGUUAUGUGGGGUGGGUGGAUAAGGGGGAGAAGUUGUGUGUGAGUAAAAUAAUAUUGUAUUCUGUAAUAACAAUCCAAAAUGCCAUAGCUUACUGUUGUGAUUGUUUUUUGAAAUGUUGUGUCUGUAAUAUUUUUUUUCAAAUUAUGGUUUGCUCAUUUGCCAAGUUCUUAGACAAUGUGAAACCCUGGUAAAUUGGAGCAAUAUAGGUAACCAGUCUGGGUAUCUAGAUUCCAUCUCCUCUCUCUUUUCUGCUUCUCCCUCAGUUAUCUGAAUAAUUCAGAUAAUAGCUGCAACUUUUAAAUUAUAUAAUUGUGUCCAUGUUAACCUGACAUUGUUUUGUUACUAUAAAGAGACUACAUAUGGAAAUGUAGUUUUUUCCAAAUUUAUCAUAAUCUUGUUCAGAAUUUGGUGUUCAGAUAUGUAUUAAAGUUCUGUGGGACCAUAGCAGUAUUUAAGUUUAGUAUUUCCCUAGGAAUAUACCCCAUAAAGCAAGGUAGAACAAUCAUCUUAUUCCUAUACAUACAUACAUACAUAUGUAUAUACAUACACACAUACACAUCCCUUUAUACACAAAAGUGCCGGUUUGUUAGGGCCAAAAUUUAUAACUAGUGAUGGAUUUCAACAAAAUCCACUAUGUGCUAGCUUGCCACACUCUAAUUCUUAGAUAAUGAUAGCUUACUGGCUAUUCUCCAUUUUGCUAACAUAGGCAAGAACCCAAUUUCUACCCCCAAAAAGAUCACCCAGAGUAAGGACAGUCCUCUCCGUCCAAGCCCAAUAUCUCUUACAUGCAUAUUGUUGCUCUGGGAGACACAAAGCCACCCAUGAAAAGGUCUGUGGUUGUAGAAGAGCCCCUAAUGUUUACCCAGUAAGCCUGCUGCAUUUGUUUUGAUAGGGAGUAAUGGAAAUCAUUAUGAAUUGAGAAAGAUCUGCACCAUUAGAAGGAAUACCCACAUUGAAGAGAGAUCACAGGACCACAGGCACAUGGAAGUUAUUAAAUCCUUCAUAUAAGACUCCCAACAAAUAGAAAUUUAGAUGACAAAAAUUUAAAUGACCACCUCAAAUAUUUUACUGAAUGCAAUGUUAGAAUAAAAUAUGGUUUUGUUAAUCCAUGUCCUCAACAAAUAUGAGACAGUUUUAUAGGGGAAAGAAUAGGAUAGCCCAACUGAGAAAUUGGUUGUUUAAAAUGUGAUUGGUUAUCAUAAUCCACUUUAUAUUGUUAGCAGAUUAUUUCAAAGAGCCUUGGGAUAUUGGUUAAUUCUGUCCCUGAAUCCACAUUUCUCUUUUGACUUUGUAUGUCAACGUAGUGUUGGAAAAUUUAAUGCUGUUAAGCUUUUGUAAAUGUUCGAUACAUAUGCUAGCCUGAAAAUAUCUACUCUUUCAUACUACAAAGUGCUCAGCAAUUACCAUUAGGAAACAUAUGUGUCUAAGUAUAUAUAUCAUUAAAAUAUAAGCAUUCUACACAGAAAAACACAUCCAAAAGUUAUAAAAUGCAUGUGUCCAGGUUAAUAGCUUGAUUUAAAAAAAAACACUUUAUCGAUCGUUGUUUAAAGGCUGUUCAUCUGUCCAUCUUAAUCUCCAGCAUUGAAAAUAUCAAGCAAUUUCACAUUUUAUUACAUAGUUCCUGAUGGUAAUUUUUUCAUAGAUACAUACAAUUCUAUCCUAGGGAUUUGUGUGAUCCUAUCUACUCCAUGUGGAUUCUAGAGGACCAAAGAAAAAUAAAUCUUUUUGGGGCAAAAUAUAUGUUACAUAUAUACAUACAUAUAUAUGCUAUGGCUUGAAAAUAUUGAAGCUGAAUUCUGUGGAUUAUAUGUUGAAUUAGUCUGCUUUAUAGUCACACUUCUUAAAUGGGUCUUUGUUGAGGACUUACAUUGCCUUUUUUUUCUGGAAAUAUAAUCACAAUGAGGAUUUAUGCUAAACUCCCAAUAAAAUAAGAACUAUUUGUUCUUAACUUUAAGAUCAUACCUUCUGGGGCAGCUAGGUGGCGCAGUGGAUAGAGCACGGGCCCUGGAUUCAGGAGUACCUGAGUUCAAAUCCCACCUCAGACACUUAACACUUACUAGCUGUGUGACCCUGGGCAAGUCACUUAACCCCAAUUGCCUCACCAAAAAAAAAAAAAAAAAGAUCAUACCUUCUACUCUGUACCAUAUUUGAUCAAUUAGGUUUUAUAGAAUUAAAUGACUGUCAUUCACAAGAGAUUAGCUCCAAAACAUAUAGAAUCAAUAAAAACAAAAUUUCGGCAUUUUUGAUAGUCAGACAGCAAAGAUCAUGACUAUUUAAUAUCAAUUUACUUUUGCAAGUUUAUUUUUGCAUCACAAAAUGAUGGGGAAUGAGAAAUAAGAAUACUUAUGUCUAGUAUGACUUUUAUUUUCCUUUAAAAUCAUCUAGAAAUAUACAAGCUUGCAAAUAGUCAUUGUUAUAUGUAGUUAAAGAGUCAUUCAUCAAAUAAGCUUUCCAUCUGGCUUGUUGACAAUGCAUAUAAAAUGUAAUUUUCACACUGGAAUCCAUUUUUAUAUAAUCAGCUUUCAAUUAUCUACACUAAUGCAAAAAUGUUUAAAUAAUUUAUGUUUUAUUUUGGAACAGAUAAAAAUAGCAGUUCCCAACUAUAUAGCAUUUUGGUUCAUUUGACCAUCCCCCAAACCCAAUAAGAUAGGUCAUGGAAGUAGUAGGAUUUCCUUUUAACAGAUGAUUAAACUGAGACAGAGAAAGGUUAAGUGAUUUGCCCAGGGUCUCAAAAUCAGGUCUUCUGACUCCACUACAUUAAACUGUCUACAAGUUUAUAGAAAAUUAAUCUCCCAAUUCAUAUUUUUCCUUCAACUAACUUAAAAUGACAUUUCCCAGAUUUUCAACUGAUGAAGCCUAGGAGAUAGAUUCCAGAUGCCUGAUGGGAAAUAAAUGGAAGCUUUUCUAGGACUCAAAAUUUACCACAAAAAAUUCUAGAAUACACAAUCUAUAUAAUUACUUGAGAGUAGACUGAACAUGGAAAACACCAAUAGGUAUGCUAUAAUUUCUUGUUGUGUAGAGUUAUGAAGUUUCAUAAUUUAAAAACCAGUUAUUAAACAGCCUAUUUCUUUCAUCAGGGAGUAAUUAUCUAUGGUCUGGUUUUUUGUAUGUAGGUAUAUUGAAUUUUGUGAUUUUUAAAUGUUAUAUACCAUGUUGGUCAAGAUUAAGUAUUUCUGAGGAAAGUUAAUACUAUAACAAAUAUUAGAAAUUCUUCUAGUUUACCCCAAAGUGCAUUCAUGUCAGAAACAUUUAUCAAGAACCUGUUAUCUGCACACAUUAAUCUAGAUGAGUGAGACAUGGUUCUCCCAGGAGUUUAAAGCCUCCUUGGCUGCUAGACAUAAAAAUGUGUCUAUUUGUGUAGACAUGCCUAAUUGAUAUAUUUAUGUCUAUAUGACUUUCCAUCAUAUGUGUGACAAAAAAUAAGAGGGCCCAUCAUAAGGAGGAUAACAGGGACAAUAGUAACUAAAAGGGUUUUUUGAGAACUGAAGGAAGGGUGAAACUUCAUUUUCUACCCAUUAAAAUGGUAGACCAUUACCAGUGGUCUACGAUAUAGGAAAGUCAUAAUUUGGGGCAGAAAUAAAUUAGGGGUUUGCCUUGGAAAUUUUUGGAGGUCAGAUGGGCAGGGAAAUGAAGACUUCCUUAUUUGCCACUGAGAUUAGAUGUCUGAAAUAUGUAUAUAAUUUUUUCCUAAUUGUUUUAACCUGUGGCCUCAGUUGGUAUUUUAUUCAAUUGGAUUUUCUUAGUUAUUACAUUUUGUGAAGGCAACAGUCAUUACAUUUAUUUCUAUAAAGCCUCUGUGAAAGUAUUGGGGAUUAGCCCUAAAAGAUUCUGCAGCAUGGAAGUAAGGGAUGGUGUAUGUCAGGUCAUACUAUGAAAAGAUGCUUAGCAUUUAGAAAUUUCAUUCAAGAAAUUGAAUGUGAAUUUUGUAAAAGUGCAUUUUUUAUUGUCUCAUCUCCUAAAAUUAGAAAGCAGGCAAGCAAUAUGUAACUAUGUGCUAUCACCCAAAGACUGGUAUUGACAUUUGGGUCUCCUAGGGAUAAUGUUCAGUGGUAAUUCUCAGAAUGUCAUUUUCAUAUGAACACAAUACAAUCACUGCUUACUGUUACCAUGAGGAAAACUGACAAAGUUCAUUUCACACAUUCAAAUGCUCUACAGGCUUAUUAUAUCAUUGCUUUUUAAGGUAAAAUUAUUUCUUUAUCCAUCCUUCUUUAAUUUAUAAAGAGGAAGUAGUCACUGUGACAUGACUAACCUGUAUUAUCUAUAUACAGAUGAUUGUCUUAAAAUAAUAUAUGUUUGUUGAAUUGAAUUGGAGUGUGUACUAUGAUCUUUUUUUAAAGCUUAGAUGAGAAAGUGUGUUUUGCUAAUGCUAAUUGAUUGCCUACCUCUUUUUGUGUUGUUAUUGAAAUGCAUAUUGUACAAAGAUCA